CAUCAAAGCAACAAGUCACUCAUUUCAAGUAUAAUUCCAACAAUUUGCAUUCAUUUGCCAAAGCAAAACCAAAACCAAAAUGGAGAUGGUGAAGAAGCAAUCUCUCUUGUCUUUGUCACUUGCACUACUAGUUUCCCUCUUGUAUUCCACCACCAUUUUAGCACAACUAUCACCUGCUUCUGCUCCAGUACAAACAGCCCCAACCACACCAGCCUCUGCCCCAAAAGCACUAGUUCCUUCACUGCCAGACUCACCAAGUGAUUCCACCACCCCUGACACUGCAGCUGUUGACAUCGUCGGAAUCCUGAGAAGGGCCAAGUCAUUCAGCGUCUUAAUCCGCCUCAUGAAAACCACCCAAUUGAUCAACCAACUCAAUUCACAGCUUCUAGCAACCAAAACAGGCGGCUUAACCAUUCUUGCACCAGAUGACAGUGCCUUCUCAGAGCUCAAAGCAGGGUUCCUCAACUCUCUUUCUGAUGGACAGAAGCUCGAACUUCUACAGUUCCAUGUGAUUUCAGACUAUGUUUCUAGCUCAAACUUUGAUACCUUAACAAACCCUGUGAGAACACUUGCAGGAGCAAGACCUGGUAAAGUGGAACUGAAUGUGAUUAGUUAUGGUAGCAGUGUGAACAUCUCAACAGGGGAAGUCAACACCACCAUCACUGGGAUUAUAUACACGGAUAAGCAUCUUGCUAUUUAUAAGGUGGGUAAGGUGCUUCUUCCUAUGGAUUUCUUUGCAGUUGCUAAAGCACCAGCAAAGGCACCAUCAUUGGCACCAGAACCUUCAGUAGAAGCGCCUAAAGCUGAUAAGGAGAAGCCAUCAUCAGAAGAUUCAUCUGAUUCAUCUCAAAUUAGUUCCACAAGCGUGAAGUCUAGCACUGAGAAAAUCAUUGCGUAUGGAAAAUGGGUGUCCCUAGUUCUUGGAGCAGUUCUCAUGACCGUUUUGUCAACAUAAACCACAAGUUGUUUGUUAAUAUUGAUUGAUAUUGAAGAGUGCUAUAUUUAUGUGUGUGAUGUAAUUGCGAGAAAAGAGUGAAUAUUAUAGUAGAAAAUUUAUCUGAGGAGGUGUAAGAUUGUUGUAUCUCUCUCAAUUUAAUCUAAUACAAGUGUUAUAUGCUA